AUACGAUAUUAGCAUACGCGUGUGACAUUUAUCUUCUGUACAUGAAGCUGCCACGUGCUCUCUUGGCCUGCAAACUCUGUAGCAUUGUUAUUGCAUUCUACGUCAGAAGAUGAGUAGCUAUAGUUCUGACGAGCGUAAUUCGAAUUCAUUGUCAGAAGAACUGCAAAACCGUCUCCUCCUUGCUGUGCCCAAGAAAGGUCGCCUCAUGGAACCUUCUUUGCAACUACUAGAAAAAUGUGGGAUCAAGUAUUCUAAAAAGGCUCGUCUGGAUAUUGCUUUCAGUUCAAACAUGAAUAUUGCAAUUGUCUUUUUGCCUGCAACGGAUAUUGGUCUUUAUGUUAGUCAUGGACGUGUUGAUAUGGGCAUAACAGGGCAAGAUAAUAUUCUGGAGAGCAAAGCUGAAGUGAAAGAGCUUGUUGAGCUGGGCUUUGGAAAGUGUCGACUGUGUGUUCAGGUUGACGUUUCAUCAACUGUCACAGAUCCUAGAGAUUUGGCUGGAAAACGAAUUGUAACUUCAUUUACUGGACUUACAACGAGAUACUUUGAGACCCUUAAUCCAGAUGUUAUGACUGACAUCAGUUUUGUGAGCGGUUCAGUUGAGAUUGCUUGUCAACUUGAACUAGCUGAUGCUGUAGUUGAUCUUGUGGAGUCUGGUGAUACAAUGAGAGCAGCUGGUCUUAAAGAAAUAGCAGAAAUAUUGCCAUCUCAAGCUGUUUUGAUCUCGAACCCAAACAGCAAACGCUUGAAAGAAAUCGAGUUGAUCAAACGUCGAGUGCAAGGAGUAGUUGAUGCUGCAAAGUUUGUGAUGGUUGAAUACAAUGUCAUCCGCAGCAAACUCUCUCUCGUUCUACAGAUUACCCCAGGAAAGAACUCUCCAACACUUGCACCAUUAGAAAACGACGAGUGGUUGUCAGUAAAGGCGCUGAUUUAUAGAUCAGAAACGAACACAAUUCUCGAUCAACUUCAAGAGAUUGGAGCGGAGGCCAUUCUCAUAUAUGACGUACAGAACUGUCGUGUCUGAUGACAGUUAUACAGUUAUUUAUGUAUCUAAGAAGUCAGUGUUAAUAAACUAUUGCUUCAAUUGCUCUA